CAAAAUGUGAAAAAAAAUCAGUGUAAUAGCCGCGUCGAAGCGGUUUAUAACUAUAUCAUGUGUUUUAAUAUGUUUUUGUAUUAUUUCAUUGUUUUAUUCACGUUUGUGUUGUGCUAUAGUGAGGAGGAUCUUGGAUACAGUUUGAAUAUUGGAAACGCUAUCGAUGUGUUUGCGAACUAUGGCGACCUAUCACAAGUAACACAAGUAAUAUCAGCAGACUAUGAAGGUGAAGAAAGCGAAGACUCAAUAGUUCCCUUCAGUGAAAAGAAUAUAAAAGUCUUCGCCAAUGUCACGAGUAAAGAAAGCAGAAGUGACGCGGAAGGCGUCACUAGCAUGGAACUUAUGCUUUGCGAAACAUUUGAAGAUCUACUGGAUGCAUACUUUAAGAAUUUCAAAAUAGAAGGAACAAACAAGCCAUGGAAAGCGUUCAUGGGAGAUUGGAUCCAUGACGAAAUAAUGCGGACUUUCGGCAUAGAAUAUGACCUAAAACCAGAUUGCUGUUUCGUAUUAGUAAAAUUGACGAAAAUUAAUAAGACUGUGGAAUUAGGGAAUUUACAAAAUGUAGCCGUCAAGGGUUAUGUUAUGAGAGCCAUUGAAGAUCUGAACGUUACAAAUACCGCCGACGUUAGAAAGUUUAUGAAGAGCUAUGGCACGCACUACAUCGAUUCUUAUUCAACUGGAAACAUAAUUUACCAGGUGUUCAAAUACAAAAGGCGUGGAUUUGACCUAUUGCGUUCGUACAUCGCGAUGCGCAACGCUGGACGUGCGAAUUCUGCUAAUCUAAGAUUUUAUUUCUCAUCAUAUUUCCUCAAACAAGUCGGUGAUAUUAGAAUUGCCAGCGGUAACAAGACCAUAGAAACUUGGGCACGAACCAAUCUCAGAGACGGACAAUACCUCUACUCAAGACCAAGUCUUUUACGAUUGAAUUAUAAUGCAGUUUUAGUCCAUAAAUUGAAUAAUUUAAUGGACACCGGAGCCUUAAUAGGCCUUAACUUGAAGACUUUAAGGCCAUUAUUCAAAGACAAGCGCAAAGCAGACAGAUAUGCUGAAGUAGUGGAGAAUGAUUUACAAUUAUGGGAAAUCAACGCUUAGAUUAAUUUUGAAAAUUAUGUGAUUGCUCGUGUUAAAUAUUAAUUGCUAAGAUUUAAGAAUGUUAUUUAAAUAGCAACCUACUUGUCAAUUGUUUGUUUUGAAUGUGUUACAAAGUUAGAAAUAAAAGUAAAUGAAAUAUCCAUUGAGAUUAUGCAAUUCUGUAAGAAUAUUCAUAUACGUGAAUAACAUUGUUAAAUAUAACCAUCCAAAGAUAGCAUUAUAAGCCACCGAAGCUCUGAAAGGACCAGUAUUUCAAUGUAAACAAAAAUAAAAACCAUAUACUUGAUUAUUAAAAGUUUUAAUUUAUUAAUACCUAGCAAAAAGACAGUGUCACAUUAUUAUUAAAAAGUUUGACUUGAAAAUACUAAGCUUGCAAUAACAUAACAUAAACUAGGGUUACCAGUGAAUAAAUUAACAAUAAUACGAUAGGUAACGGAUAAAAUAAAGGCUUGUAUGAUGAUUCAUUAAAUGAAAGCACUUAAAGCUAGUUAUGUCAUGAAUUCCAUGUGAUAGAAGAUUAGUGAACCUAAUACCUGCC